AUGAACAUGUUGACAUGCAUUUGUAAGAAUUUUGCAAACUUUCGUUUGAGUCAAUUGUAUAGCGUUCAGCAGAGGUUUUUGCAUGUAACCCCUCCAACUGAAAUCUUGAACAGAAGCCACAGAACUAAAAAAGAUAUCUACAAAGUAGCUCAGGAAGAGAAACUUCAUCUCAUAUCAGAUCCUCUUAUUGAUCGGGGAUUUACUGAAUCAGGCAUAACUAUCCCGACGGAAAAUACACCUUCGACAACAAUUGAUGGGGUGAGAUUUGACAAGUUGCCUAUAGCCCACAUUAAAUCCUCCCCCAACAACACUAUUAUAUCUAUCACUAAUCAUACUGGUUUAGAACUGCUUGGCAGAUCAUCCUGUGGGCAAGAAGGGUUUAGAAAUGUCAAGAAGAGUACCUCAGUGGCAGCCCAAGCUACUGGGUUGUCAGUUGGAUUGAAAGUCAUGAAGAAAGGCGUCAAAAAUUUGAGAGUCUGUGUGAAAGGAAUUGGUGCUGGUAGACUUCCGUCGUUAAAAGGCAUGCAGAUGGCGGGCUUGAACAUUGUAUCCUUGACUGAUACAACACCAUUGAUUCAUAGUGGGCCUAGGCCGAGAAAAGCCAGAAGAUUGUAA